CCACAACAGAGGCACCGUUCGGCUCUCCAGCAACACAAAUUCCCAGUUUAUACUUGCUGGAGGCUAUUGCCCCCACUGCACUUGGGGCUGGCGUAAAUCUCGACCCUCAGCUGCGUAUAUCCUGCGUAGACGAGACAGCGUGGCCUGGCGAGAGCGAGAGUGAAACUCACUUUUCGGUAUUCAACCAGUGAAAACUCCAAUCAGGGGGAAGCCAGUUCCACUGAGGUAUGCGCUGGUCGGAAGGGAGAGAGCGAGAGAAACUUGCUGCAAAGUGAAAAGUGUGGAAAACUUCUGCCGGCAUGUUUUCCCCAGAUCGAAGUCGUUAUUCUGCCGCAAUCAGUUGACGAUAACGGCAAAGUUGCCCCGUAGGCGAGAAGCAAUAAUCCGACAGCGGCGAAACGUGCCAAUUUUCAAUCAUCAUCGCUAGUGGCCACAGGCCGGAAGCAAACGGAUGGCACAGAACGGAAAUCGGAUAUCGUCGCGAACGGACAUUGCGUUUUAGAUGUUGUGUACGUGAGAAAACCGCAAAAAUAUGUCGACUGGAAAGACUGUUGGAAGUUGUGACUACGACCCGGAGGAUAGACAAUCUCUACCAGUCAAUGAAUGGUUGAUAAGAAUUGAAACAUUUGCUCAAUCAAGUGGACUCAGUGAAGACCAAAAGUAUUGUUUCGCUCGUGGGAAACUUAAAGGAAUUGCAAAAGCUUGGAUUAACGGGGAGUCAAAAGUUACUUGUUGGAGUGAUUUUAAGCGUGAGAUCCAGAAAAGAUUUCCACAAAGUUUUACUGAGAUUCGUUUUGCAAGAGUUGUGCCAAAGAGAAAAAUUCAAAAAGGUGAAAGUGUUGAGAAGGUAUUAACGGAUAUCGUGCUCCAAGCAAGGAAACAUCAAAUAAGUGAAAAGACUUUGGUGGAACAUAUCAUAUCAACAAUUGAUGGUUCGUUAUCCACUGAAACAAGACAACAACCUAUACAAGAUUUAGAACAACUUAUGACAUUGUUUGAGAUGAAAAAAUUCAUCCAUUCUCAGAAUGAACUGGACAACAUAGCUGAUGAAAUGGAGAUAUCUGUAGUUGAUGAUGUGAUCUCAACGACAUCAAUUCCCAAGAAGCUGAUUCGUAUAAUGAUUAAAAAUUCGGACGCUAUUCUACAAAGACUGUACAAAAUAUUCAACCGAUUCCGUUCAUCAGUUUCAGUUAGCAGCUAUGAUAUUGGAACAUCAAAGACGCACGAGCUCGUGAUCAAUGUAGAUUCACCAGAAGCAAAUGAAUUUCACAAAAACGAGAACCCAGUGGAUCAUUCGUGUCUUCAGAAUCUCCUUAAAAAGGGGAUCAUCCGCAGAUCACAUUCCACUUUCUAUAACAAGUACCUGCAUAAUAAACAUCUAUUGCUGGAUCUUCGCAUUCUUAACUCGAAAGCUGAGCAGGAACCAGUAGAUCUUAUUUCGGUGGAAACCCUGUUGGACGCAUUGCCGUAUUUUCGUUUCUUCACCACCCUCACCUUCAAUGGAGGUCAUUUGCAGAUCCCCAUUCAGGAAGCAUCUAGGAAAUAUUUUGCGUUUUCCACCAGCUGUGGUCACUACGAGUACUGCAAAGCUCCGAAGGAAUUCAUCAACACAGGAAGCGUAUUCAACAAAAUUCUCAUUGAGGUCGCCAAGAAACUUGAUCCCGGUGAAGCGGUAGUGCUUUUCGAUGAGCUGAUUAUCCCUAGUGCAAGCAUUGAAGAGGGAUAUCACAAGCUUGAAAAAGUGAUGGCCACGUUGGGCGCUUUUGGCUUGACCAUCGAUCUCAACGAAAGCAUAUUUUUCGCUGAAGAGCUCAUAUUAUUCAACUGGAGAUUAUUUAAGGGUCGACAGAUCUACGUGGGAUUUCAGGCAGAGAUUGGUUCGAAGAACGACCGAUUGCUAGAACAUCUUUCGAUGCCAGAUAACCAAGUUUUAAAUCGAGAUUGCGAUCUACAAAUACAAACAUGGAAGCGUUCAUCUAAAAUUGACCUAAGAUAUGAGUUCGAAAUUAAAAUGGUUCAUUCGCAAUGUCAAAUAUUGUGCAUUUUGAUGCAAAGGAGAAAUAAGAACGAAACGAAUCUACUGGGAAUUUAUAAUAGAUACCUCUCAUCAGAAGAACAAAGUUUCAAAGCUGCGAAAAUUGGCAUUUUAGCUGUAGUUGAAUCAGCAUUACAUUUCAAACAGUUUCUUCGCUUCAAACCUUUUAAGAUAGUAACAUCAAAUCGGAAAUUUUAUUCAACGAUGAAAAAGUGCAAUCUGACAAACGAUUACCUAAGACAUUUAUUGACGAUUCAAAACAUGAGAAUCACAGUUGUUCUGGAACCAGUUACAGGGAAAUCAGUCAACACCUAUUCGCUCUUCGAGACGAAAUAA